AUGUCUGAUACUGUCCAACUUGAAGUUUUGAAGGCCGAGCUUGAGACUUCGCGCGAACUUAACCACCAAUUGCUCAUCGCCAACGCGAGUGUCGCUCAAGACCGCGACCAGAUACAGCUCAAGCUGGACGCACUCGAAUCUGCCCCUGCGCAUCAGGCUUUGAAGGCAGUGAGGGUCGAACUGGCCCAUGCCAAGUUCAAUAUGCUCGCUUGUCAGACUCAAAUAGACUCUCAAAAGAAAUUGAUUCAGAGUUUCAUGGCGGAAUCGGUUCAUCUUCGGACCAAUCUCCAAGUGGCGGAAGGCCAAAUCGCCCUUCUCCGAGCAAAGAAUCGGAUUCUUGAGGGGAAGUUGUCUGAAGCUCAGGCGAAAGCUUAG